AUGGCUGCGUCUCAAAUGGAUGCAGUCACUAGCUUCACACAUCUCGUCGACAAUAUUCCACAGUGGCUCGAACAGAUCAAGGCUCUAUCAGCCCACACCAAGGACAAGAAUGCCGAGUUCGUCGCCGAGUAUGCUCGACUAGUAAGAGCUAUCAAGCCAAAACGAAUGAAGUCGCCCUCGAUGUGCUCCAUCCACUCCAGCAAAAGCAAAGCGGCUCAAGCAAGAGACGCAGACUCCGCAAAAGACGCUGAUACACCGGCCACUGAGCUGAUUGACCCAUUAGCUGCCGGCAAUCGGCACUUGUACGCUGAUCAGACCGCUGCUCAGAGAAAACGGAAGUCCAAUGCUUCGAUGAGAUCUGGCGCCUCAGGGCCACAAAGGUUUCGGAGCAAACACCAAGUCGUCAUAUAUUACGACGGAUAUGUCCAGGAAGAACUCGACACGAUGUGCAAAGCAGUUGGCAUUGGUAGGAACAACCUGCGAAAAGGAAAGAAUGCCCUUGUCGCCAAUCGAGGUUUUCGGUUGCCCUCCCUUUCCAAAAAGUACGACAAUUUGACAUCACCAUCGCUUGAGAACAUCAGAUCCAUGUCCGCUAAAUAUCGAAAUGCCGCUCCUGGCGCCAAAUUUUCCCUCCGACAGAACGCACAACAGCCGCAAGACGGAGACGAAGCUGCUUUCAUCGAAUGCGACAAAGCCCUAGAACAGGUUCAAAAUCUCCUCGAGACUGCCGCUCAUCAAUUCCUUCGCGAUGGCGACUGUCUCAAGGAACUCAGCAGUGCAGAAGCAAGACUCACUGCUAUUCAAGAUCUUGUCAAAGCAACAGUCGAUAGUCUGCAGAAGAAAGCCGACCAGCAAGCCGCAGCAGAAGAAGCGGAAAGAGCUACUGCGGAUACCAGCCGGAGCCAGAGUGUCUCUGAUCGUGACUGUCCUUCACUGUUGACUGACAAGUCAUCGAUGGAGCCCCUAAAUGCGCCGACCGUCAUUCAAGACAAGCCAUCUGAGCUGGCCGCCCUAACACAAACACUGGAAGGCAUAAAGUCCCGACAUCCAGCAGCGAUCGCUUCAGACCCGGGCGGCGUCCCGACCGCAGGCAUGACGAUUGAAGUUGACGAUAGCUCUUCCACGAGCAGUAUUGCCGAGAUCGACAUAUCACAAUUCCGGUCGGCGAAUCGGCUACGGAUGAAGAGAUAG